AUGGCUCAGCUUCAUCAACUACUGCAGAAAGGAGCGGAUCCCGUUAUAGUUUACGUCGACUUGGAAUGCAUCCUGGAGAAGACAUCGAGUUCGUUGACGGGUGACACGGUAUCUGAGAGCGAUUACGCGCACGCCGCGAACAUCUGGCAACGGUUCGCCAUUCAAACCUUAGGUGAAUAUAGCGACUUGUAUCUGAAGAUUGAUGUCUUGUUGCUGGCCGAUAUUUUUGAAAAUUUCCGCAAUAGUUGUAUCAAAAGUUAUGGGUUAAAUCCCGCGUAUUAUUACACUUUGCCUGGUUUUACGUGGGAUGCUAUGUUGAAGCAUACAGGCGUUAAUUUCGAACUGCUCACUGAUAUCGAUAUGGUCAUGUUCAUCGAGCGCGGUAUUCGCGGUAUUCGCCUCAGUCAAUGUUCCGGUAGAUAUGCAAAAGCCAAUAAUAAGUACAUGCAGUCUUACGAUCCAUUGCAGCCAUCAUCAUACUUGAUGUACUUCGAUGUAAAUAACUUGUACGAUUGGGCAAUGUGUCAACAGUUGCCAUACGCUGAAUUUCGAUGGGUCGAUGAUGUAUCGAAUUUCGACGUAUCAUCAAUCGCACUAGAUUCACCUAUAGGUUACAUUCUUGACUUAGAGUAUCCACAACGUCUGCACGACGCGCACACUGACCUACCGUUCUGUCCGACGCGGGGCAAACCGCCAAACAAAAAGCAGGACAAGCUUCUCGCAACCUUAUGCGAUAAGCAGCGUUAUGUAAUUCAUUAUCGCAACCUGCAGCAGUGCACGCGUCACGGUCUUCGUAUUGGAAAGAUACACCGCAUACUCAAAUUUGCUCAAUCCCCAUGGCUCCGCGAUUAUAUCGACCUUAAUACACAAUUUAGAACACGCGCGACAAACGAUUUCGAGAAAAAUUUGUGCAAAUUGAUGAACAACGCGGUGUUCGGUAAAACCAUGAAAAACGUUCGCAAUCACGUAGAUGUAAAACUAUUGACAAAAUGGGAGGGACGAUACGGUGCUGAGGCAAUGAUCGCGAGACCAAAUGUUCAUAGCAGAAGUGUCUUUUCGGAAAAUUUAAUCGCCGUUGAGCUACGUAAACUCGAAGUGAAACUCAACAAGCCGAUCUAUGUGGGUAUGUGUAUCCUUGACAUAUCCAAGAUCUGCUUGUACGAAUUUCAUCACGAGUACAUGUCUCCUCUAUAUCAGAACAGAUGUAAAGUAAUGUACACCGAUACUGACAGUUUAAUCUACCAUAUCCAAUGCGAUGAUAUUUUCGAACACAUGAAACGUGAUAUUUCUAAGUUUGAUACGAGUGAUUAUCCCGCUGAUAACGCGUAUGGUAUACCGCUUGCCAACAAAAAGGUGCCAGGUCUGAUGAAAGAUGAAAAUAACGGAGCGAUUAUGACGGAAUUCGUCGGGCUCAGAGCAAAGAUGUACGCGCUAAAGGUAGACAGCAAAAAUGACACGAAGAAGGCGAAAGGUGUGAAGACCAAUGUUGUAGCGCGAACUAUAACGUUUGAUGAUUAUAUGCAGUGUCUGAGAGACGAGGUCGAAAAGCAACGUCAUCAGUCAUGCAUACGAUCCGAAAUGCACAAAGUCUACACCGUGUCCGAACUGAAAACUGCUCUGAGUCCGUAUGAUGACAAGCGGUAUAUCGUACCAGACUCAACAGACACUUUACCAUGGGGACAUUACAGGAUACAAUUGUAA